AUGUCAGACAUCCCCUUCACAUCUUCCUGUAGGAAAGAGGAAGAGGAGGAGAGGAGAAUGAUGAAGAAGAUUCCCCACCCUUCCUCCCACAUAGCACAGUACGAGAACAUCGUCCGUCUAGCGACUCCCAAAACCAGAGUUCGAAGCUCCCAGGAAGUGAGUUUUGCACACUCAGAGUUGUGUGAGUAUGACUGUCCUAUUUGGCACUUGACUCCCUGUGUGAGGAAUGCAGUCAUUUCACCCCGGAUCCUUCAGUUGGCCAACCCCAAAACCAACCACCCCAACUUCACCAGUAACAGACAGAAUGAACAGUUGUUUAUCUCGUAUGCAGCUAAAACAGCCAAGGUGACCCCCAGACUGGAGCUGCUCUCACUUCCCAAACUGAGAGAAAAUAGACACUUCUACGACUAUGGACGACCAGAGAGUCCCAUCCGACCUGUGACUAGAGGAGCAAGAAAUGCCAACGUGAGUGCUCGGAUCCAACGUUUAUCCACACCUAAACCCCUCUCUAAAGACUACAUCCCCCCCAGAGAACCAGCAUGGCUGUCCUAAGAUAAGAAGAGACCACAGAAGUAAAUAAAUAACUCCAGUGUGUGAAGCCCUGAAAAGGUUUCCGGCACAGUUAUUUUAUUUAGUCGUUUUUCAACGGUUACUUUUUUCCCCGUCAUACAUCAGAAACUUGCCGAUUGGACUCAAUUUGUCUCUCUUUCUUCUGGUUUUCUAAUCACCGAGAUUUUGUCUUGGAACUUGGAGUGAUUCUUGACUGAAUUAAGUAUUUUUAGCCUGCUGCCAAACCCGCCUGGCUCCUCAAAACAGAGUUUUGUGUUUUUGUGCUUGUGAAGUGUGUCCAGACUCUCUCUUCCUCACAUUCUGUCUAGCCAUCUCUUUGAAAGAGAAAAAAACUAUAAAAUAAUCAGCAUCUGGUUUAUAGAUCCCCUCCAGAUCAAUGUUUUGUAGGCCGGACUGCACAGUUCCCGAUGAUUUCACGGUUGUUUGCUCUCAUUUUCUCUUCAUGUUCUUUUACUUUUGCUUGAUGUACUGAAAAAAAAAAAAAAAAACAUGCUUCUCUUUCGUUUACCUCCCCUCUUUUUGUUUUUCAUUAUUUGGUACUUAUUUGGUGCAAGUUUAAUAUAAUAUGAUUUUUUUUACAUGUUUGCAUUCAUAAGUAGUUCAAAUGUUUAGUAAAACACCUGAAUACUUUCUUGGAGAGUUUUUUUGGGACACUUGGAUAAAAAACAAAAAGGCCACCAGCGUUACAGCUUUUUAUACCAUUGGACUAUCGACACAUUGUUAUUUAUUUAUUUUUUUUGACCCUACUUGUUUGCAUCCUGAGAUUUAUUUUGUCAAAAAAUAAAAAUAACAAAAAAGUUUACUUUGGACACCGACUUUUUGGUGCGUUUUCUCACCAGUGUCUUAAACUGA